AUGAGACCAUCUCUGCGUAUUAAUGAAAAGCUGUGUGAAAUCUCAAAUGAAGCAGUAGGUCUUUGGGAACCAAUUAGCAAUGAAAGACUUUGUAAACAACGGAGCUUCGACUUGAGUAUAUCAGUCAACAUUCUUCAUCGGACUAAAACGCUGACGCUCGCAUUAAAUGCUCAUGCUCCUGCAACAGCAUUAAGUGCACCAGAUAUGAAGAUUGUCCUUUUCAGUACACCAACUUUCCUUUUUCGUGCUAAAAGUCAGACGCAUCCUGCUCCAAGGACAAAAAGGAUUCAAACCUUCAACCAAUCAGGAGCUAAGAAGAUUGAAGCCUCAGCCCAAAGCACGGAUUAUCUCACAACGGCUGAAAUCCUGAAGACCAUCUCUCCAACGGAUAUAUUCGGGACUUCACCUAUAAAUAAAGCUCGAGGAACGCCUUCAAUCUUCACCGAUUCAAAGACUAACGCUGAAGCUCUGUUAAAUUUUCAAGCCAGCUUUAACAUAGAACAAAACUUUGAAUCGAAGAAGAGAGUGUAUUCCUCCUCCCCCAUAAACCUGUUCAGUGACCCUCCGGGACCCAACAGUAAGAUGUUCAGAUCUUUCCCUGAAAGGUAUAACAUGAAAAUCUCAUCUAUUGAAGAAACAGCUGAUGUUGCUACCAUGAGAAUUGGUGAUCUGAUUAGCAAGUUAGUAACUUUUGAAAUGAAUCUUGAGCAACAAAAGGUUGGUCAUGUUACCAAAAGUGUUGCCUUUCGUGCUGAAAAUCCUUUUGCUAUUUCUGAUGUUGCUAACAUGUCUGAGUUUACAGAUGUUGUUCCUGAAGAUGAAGAUGAUGCUAACAUAGCCAUGUUAGUUAAAAAUUUUAACAACAUGCUGAAAUCUUUUAAGAAAGAGAAGUUCAAGUCUGGAAACAGAACGACAUCCCGGAUGUCUGUUGGAUCUUCAUCCAACAUCAAUAGUGUCAAGAAGAACUUUGGAUCAACAUCAGAAGUACUCCUCGUUGCUACAGUGGAUGAAGAAGAAUCUUCUGAUGAUGAGAUGAUUGGAGCUCUUCAAGAUCUUGAUGAUGUGUCAGAAGUCAUUUUAUCAGAUGAGGAUGUUGAGUUUGAAACUAUGAGUGUUGAUGGCAAUGUUGACAUGAGUGUUGAUGACAAUGUUGUCAAUAUUGAUUCUGAUAUGUCAGUCGAGAAGGUUGAUUCUGAAACCUUGGAUGUUAGUGACACCUUAGAAGAACACGAGUUUGACUCUCUAAAGGAUAUGGGGAACUUCAAGAAUCUCUUUAAGAUUGCUGACACCCAAUGUCAAGAAUUGAGAAAUGACCUAUGCAUGUUGGUUGACGAAAAUCAGAAGCUUAGAAGUCAGAUUACCAGACUUGAAAGGUUAUUGUCUCAACGUGAUGUUGAAGUAGGUAAGCUUAAAGGGUUUUAUUCGGAAGGUUCUAGUAAGAUGCAAGAACAUCACAACACCACUGUGUUUGUUAAGGAAGACAAUGUUAGUAAGAAUGUUGAUAACAUUAAGGACUCACAGAAGAAAAAAUCUAAAAAGAAAAGGUUUGAAUUCCGGAUAAUGUUGAAUGGAAAGAAGAAAAAUGAAACCUGCAAUGUUGUUGUCUAUUCGUCCUUACAUGUCGCAUCUCAGAAAAUUGGAAUGACUGUGAAGUUUGACAAACAUCUCUGUGAAGUUUUUGAUGACUCAAACUGUCGUGUGAUGAUGGGAAAAAGGUCCUCUGAUAAUUGCUACAAGUCUCAGGAAGAUAACAUCUACAAUGUUGCCAAACUUGAUGAUGUUGAGUUAUGGCAUCAACGACUUGGGCAUGUCAAUUUCAAGAAUCUGCAGAGACUUAUUGCUCAUAUUGUUGUUCGUGGUCUUCCAAAUACCUUCAGAUGUUUUGAGCUCCUACACAUGAAUUUGAUGGGGCCCAUUGAGGUUGAAAGUCUAGGAGGCAAAAUGUAUGUUCUUGUGUGCGCUGAUGACUUUUCUAGAAUCAGAACUGAUCAUAGUAAUGAGUUUGAGAACUCUUUAUUUGAUGAUUUAUGCACUAACUAUGGAAUCUUUCAUGAGUUUUCUGUACCGAAAACCCCUCAGCGGAACGGUGUUGCAGAAAGGAAGAAUAUGACCAUACAGGAGAUGGUAAGAGCAAUGUUGCAUGCUAAAAGUCUAUCCAAACGUUUGUGGGCUGAGGCGGUAAACACAACAUGUCAUAUCAUCAACAGAGUGUACAUGAGACCAGAUACAAUGUUGACAUAUGAAAUUCUCAAGGGUAAGAAGCCUAAUUUAAAGUACUUUCACAUUUUUUGGUGUGUUUGCUACAUUUUGAAUGAUCGUGAUCAACUUAGCAAAUUUAACUCAAAAAGUGACAAGGAUCUUUUUCUUGGGUAUUUUGUGAAUAGUCAUGCUUAUCGUAUGUAUAACUUGAGAACUAAGACCAUUCAAGAAACGGUCAAUGUUGUGUUUGAUGAUGCUUUGAGUCUUGUUGAUAGAACAGAUGAGGAAGAUGUUACCAAGUUACUUGAGGAAUUCAAUGUUAAUGAGCAAGCAUCUGACCACCAGACGAAUGAUAAUGUUGGAGAAACAUCCAAUCCAACAUCUGGUGUAACAUCUACUGAGUCAACAUCAGAAAAAGAAACUGGCGAUUAUGUUUCAGAUUCUGAAGAUGAAUAG